GGUAUAUAAGCCUCCUAAGGGGCAACGUUUACAUGUCAGUCACCACAGUUUGACGCGGGCUUCUCUCUUCUCCAUCCCCAAAACUCCACACAGAGCCUGAGACAUGGCACCCAAGAAGGCCAAGAGGAGACAGCAGGCAGAGGGCGGCAGCUCCAACGUGUUCUCCAUGUUCGAGCAGAGCCAGAUCCAGGAGUACAAGGAGGCCUUCACAAUCAUCGACCAGAACAGAGACGGGAUUAUCAGCAAGGAUGAUUUGAGGGAUGUGCUGGCCUCCAUGGGUCAGCUCAAUGUGAAGAAUGAGGAGCUGGAGGCCAUGAUCAAGGAGGCUAGCGGUCCCAUCAACUUCACCGUCUUCCUCACUAUGUUCGGGGAGAAGCUGAAGGGUGCUGAUCCCGAGGACGUCAUCGUGAGUGCUUUUAAAGUCCUUGACCCAGAGGGCACUGGUUCCAUCAAGAAAGAAUUUCUUGAGGAGCUUCUGACCACCCAGUGCGACAGGUUUAGUGCAGAAGAGAUGAAGAAUCUGUGGGCCGCCUUCCCCCCAGAUGUGGCUGGCAACGUCGACUACAAGAACAUCUGUUAUGUCAUCACACACGGAGAGGAGAAGGAGGAGUAAACUCAACCACCUGUCUGCCCUUUGACCUCUGACCUCUCACCUCUCACAGGCAACCCACCAAUUUCCUUCUUGCUCCCUCCCACCACAUGGCCACUGUUCCUCUCGCUAAUGCAGCCAAUGAAAGUCUUUCUCUCCCACUGACAUCUUGAGCCAGAGGGCUGGUGGCUUCUGGGCUGUGGAGGCAAUGGCAUCGUUUUCAAUAAAAAAAAAAAAAAAAAGUUGUGUCACCGAACUACAAUCUCUCCCCAUCCUCUCUCUCCCUCCCAAGUUGCUCUCUUCCUUUCCAGUACACUCUGUUUUCUUUCUUUAUCUCCUCCUGUCUGGACAGUCGGCAUGUGCACCACAUUGGCACAGUGAUUCUCCUCAGCCCCGCGUUCGGUGAGAAGCAGAGAAGCCCGUCUUGGGUGCUGUGGUGUGUGCUCUGUGACUUUUGACUUGAAACAAGUCCAGGCUCACUGAACACUGAGCAGCGCUCUGGGGAAAGAGAGGGCAGGCUGGUAAAAGAGUGGGGCUUACGUCUACAAUAGAAUAACACCCCUGUCUCAUUUACUGCCUCUCCUUUACCCCCUUCUGGAGGUAGCGGGGGAAAACAAUGACAUGGAAGGCGGUCCAGGAAAGGAGAAGAGAGCGAGAGGAGUCUGAGAGAGGGGAAAUGAGAAAACAAACCAAAAGAGAAGAUCUUUGCUUUGCCCAUCUUCUAUUCCACAGUCCCAUUUCUUUUGGCUUUUCUUUUACUUCCUCAUGCUUCACCUUUCUGUUAAAAACACCAUAACUAACAAAAAACCCAACUAAAAAUAAAGAAUCCUCAAGUCUUUCGUA